UUUCCUCCCCAGGAGGAGCUGGAGCACCUGAACGAGGCCAACGCUGAGAUCAACCGGGGAGAGCUCGAGCUCGACGCCGCCCGUUGCCGGUACCGCCGCAUCCUCUCGGACUCCGCCCGCAGAUUGAACUCGCAGGGGUCUCAGCUCGGGAGCUGCAUCGAGAGAGCCCGGCCCUACUACGAGGCACGACGSAGAGCCAAGGAGGUAUUUGGGGUGAAAAAUGGGAAUUUUGGGAAAAGAAGGUUUGGGAUCAAUGGGAUGGAUUUGGGGUGGAUUUGGGGUGGAUUUGGGAAGGAGCGGCUCGACCCGACCUGGCAGGAGAUGCUGAACCACGCCACCAGAAAGGUGAACGAGGCGGAGCAGGAGCGGCUCUGGAGCGAGCGGGAGCACCAGCGGGUGACGCGGCAGUGCCAGGAGGCCGAGGCCGARGUGCAGCGGCUGCAGAAAGCGCUCAAACGCGACAUCGCCCGCAGCCGGCCCUACUUCGAGCUCAAAGCCCAGUUUAACCAGCGCCUCGAGGAGCACAAAUCCCGCGUGACCUCCCUGGAAGCCGCCGUCUCCCAGGCCAAGCUCCGCUACUCCGUCGCCCUCCGCAAUUUGGAACAAAUCAGCGAAGAAAUCCACGCCCGCCGCUUCCAGAGAAUUUUCCAGAAAAGGCACCGGGAAAACCCUUUGGGAGCCGAGGGGG